AUGUACAAACGAAACGACGAAGUUUUUAAUAAUACUCUGUCUCGCGAUCUCGAAAUGAGCCUGAGCCAAACCGCAACCGUACUCGUCGCUGUAUUUGUGUUUUGUCUAAUCGCAGUCGCGGCCCAGCUCGCCUACGUUCUGUGGUGGAAACGCCGGUUUCGUCGUCGGAGUAUCACGGGAUCAGAACUCGACGCGUUCUCCUCCCGCGGCGGUGAUCCGACGGCAACACCACCGCCGUCGAAAGAGCUUCUUUACUUCUUCCUCUUCUGUCUCGAGAACAAACAGUUCCGAGUAGGAUCCGCCACCGCUCCGCCGCUCCCACCAGCCGCACCGCCGAUCGAUGACGUGGCAUCAAAGUGGUCAAUCAGGGGAGAGAAUCUACUUUGCGGCCCUUCCGAGACUCUGUUUACCAUCGCUGAAGACUGUACUAGCGAGACCGAUCAUCGAACGGCUGAGAUCGAACCACGUGGAAGCGUAUCAACGGACGAUCACAUGAAGGAUGACGAAUUGGAAGAUGGUUUUGUCGUGAGGGAUAUAAACGACGACGAGGCUGAUUCUUGUGACUAUGAUCACGACAGAACGACGCCGUUCUCUACUCCAUGUGCUUCGCCGCCGUUUUACACGCCGUCGCCUUCUCCGGUGAGGAGAGUUUGUACGGCUGAGAUAACUGAGAUAUUCAAAUCUCCGAUUAAUCGGGAAUUUGACCCGGUCAAAGAUACGAAUGAUCAUCUGGCUGGAUGUGAAGUAUCGAUCUAUUAGGGUUUAAUGAACUAAUAAUAUACACUGAUAAAUAGAAGAAAUCCUUCGUGGAGGAAUCUGAUAAUAUCGAUGGAGGCUCCAUGCAAGCACUGGGUUGUUCAUGGUAAAGGUCAAGUCUGUUGUCGAUGCAGAUCUCGAGUGAAAUCGUACUACGCGAAUAUGAGGGUCGCAAGAAAGACUCAUCUUUACGAUGUUUGUCCUCAUCGGAUGUAUCAAGACCGUAUGUGUUGCCGAUGCGGAUAUUUCCUUGAUAUAUGGGAAUGUGCUCGAGCUUUCAAUUACAUCGCCAAGUAUUUACGGAUGAGCCCCGAGUUCGAGGCGGCCACUAAGCAACAGAAGUUGAGGAUCGGGUUGGGACAAAGGAAACUUCACUUCGUUCUUAGCUUAGAACACACCCUCAUCGAUAGCAUCAGUGUGUCGAAACUCUCCGAUAUUGACAAGUAUGAUUUGCUCAAAGAGGCUGGUUCGGGAUCAAGAGACGAUCUGUUUCGUCUCCCCAAGGAGAGUUUCUAUUCAAGUGAUGUAUUGGUGAAGUUUCGACCUUUCGUCCGUGAAUUCUUGAGGGAAGCAAAAGAGUUUUUCACCAUGCAUGUGUUCACAAACUAUGGCCCUGGUCAUGCGGAGAAAGUGGUGAAGUUGCUCGAUCCGCAUAUGAUAUACUUUGGGAAUCGAAUCAUUACAAGUAGAGACAGCGCCGGUUCUUUGAAGUCAUUGGAACUUGUUUUGGCGGAACCACGUGGGGUUGUUAUCUUGGACUGUGAGCAUAGAUUGUGGAGGACACGAGACCACCAUAACCUGAUUGUGAUGUCCAAGUACGAGUAUUUCAAAGAAAGCAGCAACGAGGAUGGGGUCCUAGCAAAAACUGUUAGUUUCCUCAAGAAUAUGUCUCUGAAAGGAGAUAACAAAGUUGUGGACUUGGAGUUAAAGAGAAAGAAAGAGGAAAGCUGUCACGAUAACGAUAGACUGUUGUUGAAAGUCUUGACAUCCUUAAAGGGCCUUCAUGAGUUGUUCUUUAAUAGAGGAUAUCAAGACGUGAGUCCUCUCCUGUCCCGCAUCUUCUACGCCGCGAAAUUAACAUAAUUACCUCUAAUGGAUUUAUGUUUUUCUUUUUAAAAAAUCUAAUUUUCGUGCUGUUUUCUUUGUAACACGUACUUUGAUUUAUUUUUUAAAGAGUGUUUAGUUAUUUCAAAGUUUGCUGAUCAGUUCGUUUACCCUAUAUCUAAUAAACCAUUGAUUU